AGGUGGAGGGGGCCUGGCCCUGCGGAGUCCCAGAGUCCAGCUCCGGGAGGCGGGGGGGGGCGGGGCCGGCACCCGCGGCCGGUGCCCCUGGGAGCGCCGCAGCCCGUCUCGCUUCCUCCAGCGCUCCCCGCCCCUUCACCUCCGCCCACCUGGGCCUCGGUGUGGAGGCGCGCACCUGGCAACCGGCGGCAGCUCCGCCGCGUCCCUGCCUUCCCCGCCGGGCCGGGCGCCCCGAGCCUGCCUGGGACCCCGAGGCUGCCCCCGGCGCCCGCCCCUCGCCCUGGUGCCUGCGCCGCGCUCGCUGGAGGCGGCCUCGAGCGCUCGCUCGUUGAUGCCGUUUUGGGGGUGACCCGGCCGGCGGCUCUAUAGUGGAGGAGGUUAGUGGCAGCGGCUCUGGGGGACGUCGAGUGCGCGGCCGCGGGGUGGCCGAGGAGCCAGCCUCCGAGACCCCGCCGUCGGGGCGCUGGAGGAGGCCGCCACGGCCGCGCGGGAGCGGGACAUGUCGGAGCUGAGGCACCGUGGAGGCUGCCCCGGCCCCGGGGAAGCGGUGGCGCCGCCACCCCGUGAAGGAGAGGCGGCCGGUGGCGACCACGAAACCGAGAGCACCAGCGACAAAGAAACAGAUAUUGAUGACAGAUAUGGAGAUUUGGAUUCCAGAACAGAUUCUGAUAUUCCAGACAUUCCACCAUCCUCAGAUAGAACCCCUGAGAUUCUCAAGAAAGCUCUGUCUGGGUUAUCUUCAAGAUGGAAAAACUGGUGGAUUCGUGGAAUUCUUACUCUGACUAUGAUUUUGUUGUUCUUCCUGAUCAUCUCUAUGGGGUCCUUCAUGCUGAUGCUUCUAGUUCUGAGCAUCCAAGUGAAAUGCUUCCACGAAAUUAUCACUAUAGGUUACAGAGUCUAUCGUUCUUACGAUCUACCCUGGUUUAGAACACUAAGCUGGUACUUUCUACUGUGCGUAAACUACUUUUUCUAUGGAGAAACGGUCGCUGAUUAUUUUGCUACAUUUGUUCAAAGAGAAGAACAACUUCAGUUCCUCAUCCGCUAUCACAGAUUUAUAUCAUUUGCCCUCUACCUGGCAGGUUUCUGCAUGUUUGUGCUGAGCUUGGUGAAGAAACACUAUCGUCUGCAGUUUUACAUGUUCGCAUGGACGCACAUCACUUUACUGAUAACUGUUACUCAGUCCCACCUUGUCAUCCAAAAUCUGUUUGAAGGCAUGAUAUGGUUCCUUGUUCCAAUAUCAAGUGUUAUCUGCAAUGACAUAACUGCUUACCUUUUUGGAUUUUUUUUUGGGAGAACUCCAUUAAUUAAGCUAUCUCCUAAAAAGACCUGGGAAGGAUUCAUUGGCGGUUUCUUUUCCACAGUCGUGUUUGGAUUCACUGCUGCCUACGUGUUAUCCAAAUACCAGUACUUUGUCUGCCCUGUGGAAUACCGGAGUGACGUGAACUCCUUUGUCACAGAAUGUGAGCCCUCCGAGCUUUUCCAGCUUCAGAGUUACCCACUCCCACCCUUUCUAAAGGCAGUGUUGAGACGGGAAACAGUGAGCUUGUAUCCCUUCCAGAUACACAGCAUUGCACUUUCAACAUUCGCAUCUUUAAUCGGCCCAUUUGGAGGCUUCUUUGCCAGUGGAUUCAAAAGAGCUUUCAAAAUCAAGGAUUUCGCAAACACUAUUCCUGGACACGGUGGGAUAAUGGACAGAUUCGAUUGUCAGUAUUUGAUGGCAACUUUUGUGCACGUGUACAUCACAAGUUUCAUAAGGGGUCCAAAUCCCAGCAAAGUGCUACAGCAGCUGUUGGUGCUCCAGCCAGAACAGCAGUUGAAUAUAUAUAAAACCCUGAAGACUCAUCUUAUUGAGAAAGGGAUCCUCCAGCCCACCUUGAAGGUGUAACUGGAUCUCGAGAGGGAAGAGCUGCCACGCGGGAUCCUUGCAGAGAAGCACUGAUGGAUGACAUUUUGUGAUUGUCCAGAAAAAUGGUUGCAAAUGUAAUAGAUUGAAAUUUUUACAGACACGAAUGUUUCUCUCUGAAAUUACUGUGAAUAUUUAACACACACUUACUUGAUCUAAAUUACGAGAUAAGUAGCAAAUCGCCAGCAAAAUAUCCUGUACUUUUUCUAAAGUAUAUUUUCUGAUGUGAACUAACUUCCUCUUAAUUGCUAGAUUACGUGAUUUAAAAGACUUGUGUUUUAAAGAGUCAAACCCUAUAAAAUGAGUAAGUUGAGGAUGUCUUAAAAUUGCGCCUGGCACUGUGCCCUUUUGCACAAAUAUUUACUUUUGUACUUGGAGCGGCUCUUAAUUUUAGCGAAAUGUUUUAUGCAAGGCACAGCAGGAAGUGGGUUCUCCUGAACUUCCUCCUCACAUUAUCUGAAGUAUUUUCUAAAGGGCUUAGUCAGAUCAAAACAAUAAAAAAAGACUGUCUACUUUUCAAAGCAGUAAUCAUUUGCCAGGGGAAAACAUUCUGUUUUAGGUAGGUUCAAAGCAUAGGAGAUAUUGUCCUCAGGAUACAGAGGAAAAAAAAAAAAUGAGGCAAGGGAACUUGAAAUUUCUGCCAUUAUUGGUUUGUUAGAGCAGGGAUCAAAUUCUACUUCUGAUUAAAUUGUGUGGAAAAACACAACCUCGCAACAAACUUGUCAAGAGAAACAGAAUUCUGCCAUGAAGACUACUGUGGACAGGUCCUGCUCAGAUGUACACAGAGGACAGGAGCCCAGGAGGCAGCCUGGACAGGGACAUGUGGCCCGGUCUCCUUUCCUUGUUCUCCCUGAACCAGCUUCCUAAGUUUUGCAGCCGCCAGGACAGAUGGGGGAGCACGUAGAGGGGGGUGGCUGAAGCACAGUGGGCGAUGCUGCACCAAGACAGGCCUGCCCUUGUCCCUGCUGCCUCCCCUCUGGUCCUAGGGCAGCGCCCUGGAGACUCACUGAGCAAGAAGGAAGCUCCGCCUGCAGACCGGCUCCCAGACCAGCUCCCACACUGAGCAAGAAGGAAGCUCCGCCUGCAGACCGGCUCCCAGACCAGCUCCAAGACCAUCUCCCAGUUCAUCUUUGUCCGAAUUGCUCUUUUGCUUCAUGUCACAAAUGUGAGGACAUCGGCUGAUGAUUUUUUUCUUGUAAGAAUGGAAAUCAAGCAGAAGUGAUUCCUACUAAAAAAAAAAAGCACACAGAUGCCAAACCUUUCCUUUGGUGGACUAGCCACUGUCACCAGAUGAGAAGGAGUUUCUCAUGAGUGGAUGGAUGAGCUGCUGCCACGCGCUCUCCACAGCCACACCUACGUCUCACUGUCCAGUGCUUCUGGUUAAAUGUUCAGGGGGAGAAAGAGGUCUAUUAUAAAGAGUAUUUUGCUAAUGAAAAGAGUAAAUAUUUUUGUUUAAAUCAGCAAUAAAUUUCAGUUAUUUUAUGCUUCAAUCGGGCUAUUACACCUAAAACAAAAGGCUGCAGGGCCACCUGGGGUCCGCAGGUGCUGUCCCCGCUCAGCCUCUGCAGGGGUUUCGUGGCCAGAGCAGACGUGAGUGUGCUGGGCACCCAGAGUCUCAUUUCUUGGGCUGGCAUGCUUUUGGCUGGCUCGUCUCCCCAGGACAGGCUCAGAGAGUUUCACACUAUUCCCUAAAAAUCCAGAACCGGCCCUGGAAGUGUUAUUAUAGGAGGGGAUGAUUACCUUGAAAACUGGGCUGCCUACAAGGUAAUUUUCAACACUUCACAUUUUUUAUUUGCACAUUGACAGCUUCGAAUUUUGAUCAUAAAAUAAUUUAGGAUAGCAGAGUUUAAAAAAAUUAAAUGAAAAUUUUGUGAUAGGAACUUAACAUUAAAAACUUGGCUGUCUGCACAAGUAAGAACUGCUUGGAGAUUCACAGAUCCCUCUACAUUCUUUGUUUUUUUUUUUUUUUUGCAGUUUUUGGCCGGGGCUGGGUUUGAACCCGCCGGUAUAUGGGGCUGGUGCCCUACUCCUUUGAGCCAUAGGCGCCACCCCCUCUACAUUCUUAUUUAAAGUAAUUGAUAAGACAGUGAGAUACAGAAUUAUAAGAGAGCAUUACUGAAGAUGUGGAUUACAAAAUCAAUAUUAUUAAAGAUAAGAUAUGAGGCUAGAAAUAUUUGGGGUCACCAUAAUAGGUUUUCUCAAAUACACUUUUAGAGGUGGGUGUACAUUACUCUAGAUGUAAAAAAUAAAUUCUUAAUUUUAACAGAGCUCUAAAAUUGACCUUUUUAGCGUACCUUUUUAUAGCACGUAUAUUAAAGUAGAAUAUAUUUUAGCAAAAGAUAGCCAUAUAACCCUGACUUGGAUCAUUUUUAUAUUUGCACUGAGAGGGCUUAAAUCCUCAUUAGCAGUGUGGUGGGGAAAAAAUGCAAUCCCAGGCUCUUCUUUCACAGCGGUGAUUAAUUGUUCCGAAUGGACUGGUUUGGGAGGUUCCCUGAAAGCUUGAUCUCCUGACCUGUGGGAUUGGACAGUUCCCUGCUCUCCCCCGUGGCGGGGGGGAGGGGUGCACAUUUCUUCUUUUUCAUUCAUGGUAUCUCUCCAUUUGCACUUGGAUUAGAGCAAAGAUAGAGACACUUUGUUCACCAAAGGAAAAGUGGGGACAGUUACUAUAUGCUGUGUGUGGGUGAUGGUUCACAGUGUGUCUUCAGUGCUCUGACUCUUACUGAAACUGAGAUAGGAAAAUAAAACGGAAACAAAUCACA